AUGACCCUCAAACUUGCGUCCAAUGCCUCUGACGGGGCACGGGAGCGCUCUAUCAUAGUUGCAGUUGAUAUUGGAACAACCUUUUCUGGGGUUGCAUGGGCCCAAACUGCUCAACCCAAUCAACAGAUUACCAUCGUGCAAUGGCCCAACACUGAGGGCUCCCUUGAGGGGCAAACAAGCGAGAAAGCACCAACUGAGUUGUGCUUCUCCGAUGGCACGGUACGAUGGGGAUUCCAGAUUCCGGAAGACGAACAGCGUUAUCAGUGGUUCAAGUUAGGCCUGGACCCCGAACAUGAGAAGGCGGUCUCAUACUUGAGUGUCCACUAUCCCGAUCCCAAAGCCCUUCCGCCAGCUUAUGGGGGUGCCAAUAGUCCAGUACUCCUUGCAACUAUGUGCCUCCGUUGCCUGCGAGAGCACACUCUCCACGUACUCAAAUUGAAACUGGGCGAAGGUGUCGUCAAUUCAACCCCAUUACGAUUCAUUAUAACAGUUCCAGCAAUCUGUGAUGAUGCUGCCAAAGCCCGCGCCCAGAGAUGUGGUGUUGAUGCUGGUAUGGGUAAUGAUAUUCGGAUUAUUUUGGAACCUAAGGAUGCAGUUGUAUUUGCUCUAAGCUCGAUGGAUCACCACAUCCCCUCUCCUGGAGAUUCAUUUGUGUUGUGCGAUGCAGGAGGUGGUAUGGUUGAUCUGAUCUCAUACUCCAUAGUCGAACUUCAGCCAUUGCUCAAAGUUCGAGAGGCAGUCCCGGGUAGCGGCCAUGCAUGCGGCUCAACCUUCUUGAAUUGCAUCUUCGGGCGAGUUCUGGAAGAAGACAUCUCCGACGCAGAAGGUUACGACGAUGACACUAUCGACGAAGCUCUCCGGGAUUUUGAGACCUCCGUCAAGCGCAAAUUCAGAGGGGAAGAAGAGUCCGUUAUGAUCAGAGUUAGGGGAUUGGUCGACAGGCCGGAAAAGGGCAUCAAGCGAGGAAGACUGACGGUCAGCAGAGGAAAGAUGAAAUCCUUGUUCGAGCCCGUCAUUUAUUCCAUCAUCACUCUUGCUACCUCUCAACUCAAACAGACAAAGCAAGCAAAGGCCGUUAUACUCGUUGGUGGUCUCGGGCAAUCUUCAUAUCUUCGAGCCUAUAUCAUAGAAGUUGUAGGCAACAAGAUCGAAGUCAUUCAGCCGGUCGAGGGUUGGACUGCCGUCGUCAAGGGUGCGUUGAUCAAAGGUCUCAGCGAGACUGUGCCAGACAGCCCCGGUCCCUGUGUGGCUAUUCGAGUGUCUCGCAAGUCCUAUGGUGUCCGUGGUGAUCAGAUCUUCAACCCCUUAGUUCAUGACAAUGCCAAAAAGUAG